AUGAACACAUCUCAGGGCUCGGUGUUGUUCGAGGAGAUAUCUGUGGACUUCAGCCAGAAGGAGUGGCAGCUGCUGGACCCUGCCCAGAGGCUCCUGUACAGGGAGGUGAUGCUGGAGAACCACAGGCUGCUGGUGUCCCUGGGGUGCUGUGUCACCAAACCUGAGCUGAUACGCAAGUUGGAGCAAGAAGAAGAGCCAUGGGCACCAAAGAGAGAACUCCCAGGUCAGAGCCACCCAGGUGAGUUACUUUGCCACAAAUGGAACUUGAACAAGAAGUCAAGCCUUACUCAACAGCAGAGAGAGUACAGAGGAGGAACACCACCUGAUGAGUAUCAUGAAAGUAAGGAUGCCUUGCAGAAGUCAUACCACACUCAAAGUGAGAGAACUCAUGCAGGAGAAAAAAUCUAUGACUGUGAUAAAUGUGGGCAGUCCUUCCAUGAAAAGCCAUGCCUUGCUCAACAUCAGAGAACUCACACAACAGAAAAACCUAGUGGGUGUGGUAAAUGUGAGAAGUCCUCCUGUGAGAAGUUAAAACUCGCUCGACAUCAGAGAAUGCACCCAGGGAAGAAAACCACUGAGUGUCACGAAAGUGGGAGGACCUUAAGUAAGAAGUCACACCUCACUCAAAAUCAGAGAGCUCACCGUGGAAAGAAAGCCUAUGACUGUAAUAAAUGUGGGAAAAGCUUUCAUAAGAGAACAGACCUUACUCAACAUCAGAGCGCACACACGGGGAAAAAACCCUAUGAGUGUAAUGAAUGUGGGAAGUCCUUCUUUGUGAAAUCCAACCUCACCGAACAUCAGAGAACUCACACAGGAGAAAAACCAUAUGAAUGUAAUGAAUGUGGGAAGUCCUUCUGCCAGAAAUCAGCCCUCACAGUGCAUCAGAGAACUCACACAGGAGAGAAACCAUAUCAGUGUAGUGAAUGUGGGAAAACCUUCUGUGUGAAAUCAAACCUUACUCAACAUCAAAGGACCCACACAGGAGAGAAACCCUAUAAAUGCAAUGAAUGCUGGAGAUCUUUCUGUGUGAAAUCCAACCUUGUUGUACAUCAGAGAACUCAUACAGGAGAGAAACCCUACAAAUGUCCUGAAUGUGGGAAAACCUUCUAUGAAAAAUCAGCCCUCACAAAACAUCAGAGAAUUCACACGGGGGAAAAACCCUAUGAAUGCAAUGAGUGUAGGAAAACCUUCAGCCAGAGGUCAGCCCUCACCAAACAUCAAAGAAAAACACACAAGAAGAAAACUCCCACCCACGUUGCCCGCAUGCAGAAACCUGCAUCUACAAAUCAGACUCAUUGA